AUGCUCGCUCAACUCUUUGCCCUUCUUCCCCUUCUCGCUGUCGCCUCGGCCAGCCCCAUCGAGAAGCGCGACGACAGUGUCCUCAUCCGGGCCGGUCGCGACGGCAAGUGUCUCGCCCUUGCCGGUCUCCCUAACACCCUCAAGUACAACUUGAUCGACAACGGAACCCCCGUCAUCACCACCGACUGCGCCAACGCCAACACUUGGUCCAUCAACCGCGGCAGCGGAUCCAUCACCGUCCCCAACACCGGCUACGCUCUCGACAUCGGACUCAACCCGGGCAACAACGGCGCCCUCAAGGUCUGGACCUCGUACCCCGGCGCCAAGCAGCAGACCUGGUACUACACCGACGACAACCGUAUUGCCCAGACCGGCGGUAACCAGUGCCUCGACGAGGGGGACAACGGUGUCCAGACCUACGAGUGCACCACCGGCAACACCAACCAGAUCUGGUACACCGGCGCCGGUAGCGGAUCUUCCACCCCCUCCACCACCACUGCUUCCACUCCUGCCACCACCACCGCCCCCGCCUCCUCGGGCAGCGACCCCCUCCCCAGCAUCCCCAAGGGUGACGUCCCCGCCGAUGUCGCCGGCCAGGGUAAGCGUAUCCGUCUCGUCGGCCGUGACGACCUUUGCGUGACCGUCGCCGGUGGCUUCGCCGGCAUCAACACCCGCGUCGGACUUGCGAGCUGCUUCGCCAACGGUGACACCUUCACCUUCGCCCAGCUGUUCGACGUCCCCGCUCAGGGCUCCACCGGCCCAAUCCGCGUGCACAGCAGCCCCAACCUCUGCCUUGACGCUGGCUCGAACCCCUCCAACGGCGUCGGUGCCAAGCUCUACACCUGCUACGACGGCCUUGCCCAGCAGCAAUGGACUUACUCCGGUACCACUCUCCGCACCGCGAACAACCAAUGCUUCGACAUCGUCAAGGAGUCCAGCCAGUCCUUCGAGAAGCCCUACCCCACCGACAGGGAUGCUCAAACUUGGGAGUGCUCCAACAACGGCGACCCCUACCAGCAGUUCGAGGUCCUUGCCUAA